GUGGUGUGUUUUGUGCCACCUCUGAAUCGCUGCAAAAAGGUCCUGGCGGAGCUGCUUUGCCGGCGGAAAGAAGGUGCUUCUGCCCGAGUAUCUGAGAAAGUGGUGUUGUGGGACAAGAGUACAGAGAGGGAUGGCAAUGUGGCCAUUGUGAAGGUGGGUGGGGUGUGCUUGUCGGAGGUGCUGGCAAGCGCAUUGGGGCGGUUGAUCUGGCUUCCAAUGUCGGUGGACCUGUCGCCAGUUGUGAAUGUGAUCUUGUACCCGUGGGUGUCGUGCAAAGUCGACAGUGGUGGUGGGAGGGUGCAAAGGUAUGGCAACGUGGCUGGUCUGCGCGCUCUGGGAACAGGUAGUGAUCGUUUGCGCAUGGCUGUAAUUGCAAAUAGUGUGCCAAACUUGGGUUUGGCGUUGAAAGGCUGCAGCGUUUUUCUGCAGUUGUUCUGUUUGCUGAUCAGUGAGGCUGGGGUACUGCUUGAGCAGCUCCUGGAUGUUGGUUCGGACCUCCUGCUUUUUAGGGUCCGGGAUGCGGAGCGAGCCGAUCCACCGUUGGAUGCCAGCAUCGGAAUGGGCACCGGUGUAGUUCUGCGAGAACCAUUGCGAUGUGCCCGAAGGCUCUGCAAAAAUGUCAGGCUUCGCCGGCUUGGCGGGUGCCCCUGGUAA